GCUGUCUCUCUCUACCCAAGCAGUUCCGCUGUUUGGCAGGAUGAAGACUUUCUACAACGUUUACGCCAUUUGUGGCUUCGCCGCCAUUGGUGGUGGGCUCUUCGGUUUCGAUAUCUCUUCCAUGUCUGGUGUACUUGGAACUCCUGCCUAUGGCAACUACUUUGGCCACCCUGCUGGUACUCGCCAGGGUGGUAUUACCGCUUCUAUGCCCGCUGGUUCCCUCUUUGGUGCUCUCUGCUCAUCUUUCCUUGCCGAUCACCUGUCUCGUCGCACUGCCAUCCAGAUCGCCGCCGUUAUCUGGUGCGUCGGUGCUAUCCUCCAGGCUGCUUCCAACGGCAUUCCUCUUCUGUGCGUUGGCCGUGUCGUCGGCGGCCUUGCUAUUGGUAUCUGUUCCGCCAUCGUUCCUGUCUACCAGAGUGAGAUUGCGCCUAAGGAAAUCCGUGGUCGCGUUGUCUCCCUCCAGCAGUGGGCUAUCACCUGGGGUAUCUUGAUCCAAUACUUCAUCCAAUACGGCUCUUCUUUCUACGACGGCGGCGUUGACAACGAGUUCCAAGGCACAGCUGCUUUCCGUAUUCCAUGGGGUAUCCAGGCAGUUCCAGGUGCCAUCUUGUUCGUCGGUCUCUUCUUCUUUCCUCGCUCUCCCCGUUGGCUCGCCUCAAAAGAUCGCUGGGAGGAGGCUCUUACGGUCCUUGCCCACCUCCACGGUUCCGGCGAUGUCAACCACCCCAAGGUCCUUGCCGAGUACAAGGAGAUCGAGGAGGCCCUCCGAUUUGAGCGCGAGGAAGCUGUCACCAGCUUUGCUGCGCUUGUCAAGCCCCGCAUCCUCAAGCGUGUCAUCCUCGGAAUGUCCAUCCAGAUGUGGUCUCAGCUUUGCGGUAUGAACAUCAUGAUGUACUACAUCGUCUUCAUCAUGCGCGGCGCUGGUAUCGCAGACGAGCUCCUCACCUCGUCCAUCCAAUAUAUCAUCAACGUCGUGAUGACACUGCCGGCUAUCCUCUACCUCGACAAGUUCGGUCGUCGCCCCGCGCUGCUCAUCGGCAGCUUCUUGAUGAUGACCUGGCUCUUCACUACUGGAGCUCUGCAGGCCUCCUACGGUAUCCCCAACCCUGAUGAGACCGACAAAGACAUCUCCUGGGUUGUUCCUAGAGAGCACGGUGGCGUCUCAAAGGCCAUUGUUGCUUGCUCCUACCUCUUCGUCGCUUCCUUCGCCACCACCUGGGGACCGACAUCGUGGACUUACCCGUCUGAAAUCUUCCCUGCGAAGGUCCGUGCUAAGGCCGUCUCUCUCGCUACUGCCUCGAACUGGACUUGGAACUGCGUUCUGGCUUUCGCCGUUCCCCCUCUUCUCUGGAGCAUCAACUGGAAGAUGUAUAUGAUCUUCGGUACGUUCAACGGUCUUGCCCUCAUUCACAUGUUCCUGGCCGCGCCUGAGACCAAGGGCAAGACUCUCGAGGAGAUGGACACCGUCUUCGAAAGCGGCAUUCCUCCAUGGAGGGCUGGCAAGAUCGAGUCGCGCCUUGAGCAGCUCCAGCGCGACAUCGAGGCUGGUGAUGUCAAGGUCGCAACCAACAAGGGACCCGGUCAGGUUGAGCGCGUCUCUCACGAGCCCAAGGUUUAAAGAGGCUUACAAACGUGCGCUGCUGCAACUUUGAUAUUCGAAGUACAGAUGAUCGAAUGUCAGGGAUACUGUUUCUGUACAGCACCCGAGCUGUGCAAAUAACGUUGCUUGUACGGUUAACGAUGUUCCUCAUGAUUGCGAUGCUCAUACAUAGCGGGAAAGGGUUAAUAUGAACCUGAUCACAAAGUG